GGGUACGAGCAGGUUGCACUGACAUCUAUGAGAAUUGACAAAGACAGAAGUACAGUGUAUCGAAUAUCACCGAGUUUUAAUCAUGCAUUUGACUUUAAAGAAAAUUUCAUUCUUUGUUCAUUCAAAUAUUUUAAAAUACCAAAAUGUUAGAUUUUAUUGUAAAAAAGUGGAAUAUGAUAUGAAGAUUCCUUCAAAUCCAUUGAAAGAGGUCUAUAGUGCAAAUCACCAAACUAUUAAUGGUGUUAUAUAUGAUAAUAAACCUUUUAAAUAUAAGUGCAUAGCUGGUAAAAUAUAUGUAUGGUGCUUAUGUGGUAAAAGUAAUAAACAACCAUUCUGCGAUGGCACCCAUAGAAAUCAAUUUCUUCAAAUCAAACAGAAGCCUAUACGUUUUACAGUUGAAGAAACCAAAGAUUAUUGGCUGUGUAAUUGCAAACAAACAUCAAAUCGGCCAUUCUGUGAUGGUACACAUCUAAGAGAAGAUAUUCAAGCAAAGAAAUAGUAUACAUGUACAUAACAAUAAAUCAAUUUUUAUUGAAAA